AUGACAUCAUUGACCAGUUCGUUUGUCGGCGCCAUAAAACGAUCCACUGAUCUCCGAUACAAUUUGUGGUGGGCUUUUGGCAUUUUCUUGGAAGAUGUACCCCGACGAAUCGGAAGUAAUGAAGCACUUGACCGUGCAGUUGAUGCUCUUACGACUGCCCAUGCUGGCUUCUGCGCGCGCCAACCAAUUUCGGUUGAAGCACUAGCCAAGUAUUCCCAUGCGCUCAGAACGCUAAGAGUUUAUCUAGAUGACCCGCUCCAGGCGAGUGCUUCCAGUACGCUGUGUGCCGUGAUGAUACUUCUGCUCUGUCAAACAUUCAUGGGAAAUAACGCGCAAAUAUCAGGACACGCGCAAGGGGCCGCUAGCAUUCUAAAAGCGCGAAAGAACUUUGGCCCACGCGAUGACUUUGAACGUAGAUUGUUUCUCUCUUUACGGGGAAGUGUGUUAUUCGAAGGUUUAUACAAUGAUGCUAUCGACCUAAGUCCCGAAGAGUGGGAUGCCUUAGUCAAGAAUGACUUUGAUAAUAACCAACCGGAAGGCCAGAUUGUGCAAUUUCUAGCACAGGCUCCAGUCCUAAUAAAACGUGGCAAACGAGCUAUACGCGACGGCGAAGAUGUAACGCCUUUGGCAGAGGAAGUCCGAGCAAUAUACGAAGAAUGCAAAUUGAUUCUGGGCGAAUUGAAAGCACGAACAGUUGAAGCUGAAACUUCGCUCAGUGCUAGGCCAGAAACCUUCAUGACCCGAAUCUUGCGAGCACAUUAUCUCCGCACUCAUGGAAUUGGUAUCGCAAUCACAACAUUUUUCAACUGCAUUCUUCAGGCACUAGACCCCGGUGACUACAUCUCCCUGCUAGACUCAAGCUGGCUUGUUGAGGAUACUCUCAUACAUGCUCAGAAGUCCAAUAUGCACCGACCUGUUGGAGCAGGAUACGUACUACUGUGUCUAUCAGCAGCAUGGAUCGUUACUGCAGACCCCCAGCUACGGUCAAUGGUGGAAGCCGCCUUGUUUGACUAUCAUGGAGACUUUGUGGCGCAUAAUGGCGCGAAGAUAUCCCGGGAGCUGGAACGGGUGAAAGAGAAUUUAUGGCUCGGGUCGAUUGCUACCUCAGAUGAAUGCAGUUUUUGA